AUGUCGUCACCGGCGCCUCUCCUCCGCCCUCCGAUUCCUGGUGCGCAUCGAGGCGGCAGUAGAAUGCCGCGCCUAGGCCUCUCAAUUCCGCCAUCACCAAAUGCCAGGCCAGUCACAAAUGGCGCCGCAAACAACAAUGACGUUCCCACCCUAUCUCGGCCAGCUGCCCCUCAACUGCGACUCGCAACACCAAUGGGAAGUAACACAACUCCUCAGGAGCAGACCCGACCACAACCGAGACUACAACCCCUCCAGACUGGCAAUUCGGCUGGCGGUUCAAGCGAUACAAGUACACAUUCUAGAUCGGGGAGCUUUGGUGAUUCACAACAGAAUGGAUCGGGAUCAGCGGCAUCCUCAUCGUAUUCACACCCACAAUUAAGCAUCUCAGGGCCGCUAAGACCACAAAAUUCUGACCCUCUUUCGGCGAUAUCUCAAGGUGGAAGCGAAGGCGGAAGGAACGAACGUGAUCCUGCAAACUAUCCAGACCUUGAGAAAAUGGCUGAAGAUAAGGGCAGGCCGUUAGAUGUAGAAGAUUUGGAUGAUGCAGGCUGGAGGGCGGCUAGCAGUAAAGACAUGAUACAAGAAAUAGGGAGUUUGGGUGAGGGCGCUGGUGGUGCUGUCACUCGCUGCGUUUUGAAAGGCGGCAAGACCGUCUUCGCACUGAAGAUUAUCACAACAAAUCCGGAUCCCGAUGUCAAGAAACAGAUCGUUCGAGAACUUUCUUUCAACAAGAAUUGCGCCUCGGACCAUAUCUGUCAGUACUACGGUGCCUUCGACGACAACUCUGGAACAAUCAGUAUCGCUAUGGAAUUCUGCGAGGGAGGAUCUCUAGACUCGGUUUAUCGCGAAGUGAAAGGCAGGGGAGGAAGGACAGGUGAAAAGGUCCUGGGCAAGGUAGCAGAAGGUGUGCUCAACGGACUAACUUAUCUCCAUUCUCAUCGAAUCAUUCACCGCGACAUUAAACCUUCCAACAUCCUUCUCUGCCGGAAUGGCCAGGUCAAACUUUGCGAUUUUGGUGUAUCAGGAGAGUUCGGUACGAAAGGCGAUGCAAAUACCUUUAUCGGAACGAGUUACUACAUGGCACCAGAACGUAUUACUGGCCAGAGUUACACCAUUACAUCGGAUGUAUGGAGUCUUGGAGUCACCUUGCUCGAAGUCGCACAGCACAGAUUCCCAUUUCCUGCUGACGGAAGUGAGAUGAACCCCAGAGCUGGUUUGAUUGAUCUCUUGACAUACAUUGUACGACAAGAAAUCCCGAAGUUGAAGGAUGAGCCAGACAAUGGGAUCAAAUGGAGUGAAAACUUCAAGUAUUUCAUUGAUUGUUGUCUUGAGAAAGAGCCUGGUCGUCGCGCGUCACCCUGGCGUAUGCUCGAGCACCCGUGGAUGGUCGAAAUGAAGUCGAAAAAAGUCAACGUUGCCGCAUAUCUCAAGCAAGUAUGGGCUUGGGAAGACUAA